AUGUUUAACUUACAAACAGGACCGAAAGAAGUAUUUCCAUAUAACUACUACAACAGUACUUUGUUAGCAAAUGACAACAGAACUGGUGUCAUUUCUGAAGCAUGUAAGUUUAUCCGGGAUGCAGAUACAUUCAUGAAAAACAUAGAUUCCAUCAAAGGUUGCAGAAUAGAUGAGAACCACUUCGACUUAGAAAAGUAUAGCACAUUUUAUUGCAAACAAGAUGUAAGAAUUUUAAGAGAAGGUUUUGUUAAGUUCCGCAAUGACAUAUUGAAAGAAUUUGAUUUAAACGUUUAUGACUACGUUAGUAUUUGUUCUAUUGCUAACAAAUUGUUUGAGAACAGAGUGUACUUCCCGAAUGGAAAUUUAUAUGACCUCUCAAAUAAACCAAGAGAAUUUAUUUCACGCUGUAUUCAAGGUGGAAGAUGUAUGCUGUCAGAUAACAUGAAACAAAAGAGCGAAAAGAAACUCAUUGCUGACUUCGACGCUGUUUCAUUAUAUCCAUCAGCUAUAGCAAGACUUUAUACUUUAGAAGGUAUUCCAAAGGUUAUGAAGAAAGAAAUGUUAAGCACAGAGUAUCUCAUGAGACAUUUAUUCGAUGACGACCAAAAGGAACCCAUUG